GCCGCGCCCAAAACCACGGCAGAGCCGCACAGGGACUGAUCGACACGGACGGAGGCAGCCAGAAGCAGCUUGCGUGCCCCCUCGCCUUUCUUUAAAUCAGACUCCUCUCCUCUCCUCCCCUCGUCUCGUCCGUCUUCGAUCGUUCGUUCAUCGAUCGCCCCCUCCCCUUCUCGAUCACACAUGGCAAUGGCAUCUGAUGACUCUACAGCCACCGGGGCCGGGCGCCGCAUCGUGGUGGCCGUGGACGAGGGCGAGGAGAGCAUGCACGCCCUGUCCUGGUGCCUCGCCAACGUCGUCUCCCCGGCCGGCGCCGACACGCUCGUGCUCCUCCACGCCCGCCGCUCGCGCCCCGUCUACGCCGCCAUGGACGGCGCAGGGUACAUCCUGACCUCGGACGUGAUGGCGAGCGUGGAGAGGCACGCCAACGCCGUCUCCGCGGCGGCAAUCGACAAGGCCAAGCGCAUCUGCGCCGAGCACCUUCAUGUGAAGGUGGAGACGCUGGUGGAGAGCGGCGACCCGCGCGAGGUGAUCUGCGACGCCACCGACAAGAUAGGCGCGGACCUGCUGGUCAUGGGCAGCCAUGGAUACGGCUUCAUCCAAAGGGCAUUCCUGGGCAGCGUCAGCAACCACUGCGCGCAGAACUGCAAAUGCCCGGUCCUCAUCGUCAAGAGACCCAAGGAGUAGUUAGUCCUGGCAAUGCUGCAGCUCAGCCAAUGUGCAACUUGCGACAUAUGUGAACACAUGUAUGGCGUCAUCAAGUCGGCAGGGUAGAUUCGAAGCACCAGAUAACUCGUGGCUUCGAGCCUUCGAUCAAGGAACACCACGGGAACUAAAUUCAACACUCCCGUCCUCUUUUGCUACUGACAAGAACCAUGAACCUGAAAGACCAAGAAUGCCGAGCGGUGUGCACAGCAAUGCGAUUCUCCGCCGAUCACCAAGGUGAAGCACUGGUGUCGGCAAAAGUAAAGUUCAUUUUGGAAUUCUGUGAGCCAAACAACGCACUCUAAAGACAAA